AUGUUUGAACUUCUAGAGAACCCGAAGGAAAGUGAGCUUACGAAUAAUAACAUUGACCAAGAACUUAAGUUUCAAAGUCUAACUUUUCAUUCUCGUUCACGUAAAUUUACGAGAGGACUUUGUAAAUAUUCUCUCAAUUCAAGAAUUGUUCGUGAAAUGGUCUGCGGGGAAAACAAGACAUUUUCAAUGAAUGAAAUGGAAAUGUUGGCAAACAAAAGCGUAUUUAUUAAUAAAACUGGACAACUGGACAGCUUUAAGGAAUAUUUGGUUUUGAAGAACGGGAAACGUUUGACUGUUUGUAAAGAUUACUGGCCUGGAAAUUGUUCCUAUUCAUAUAUUGAAGUAAAGAAUGAAUCUGAUUGGUCCAUUUUUGAGAAUGGUUCUGUUUAUACGCAUGUGAACAAUAAAGUAUGGUUGAACUAUGGACA